GCAACAAUGAAAGGACCUUACCGCUUCUAAUAUUAAAAAUACUGACGUGAUGUCCAGCUGCGAUUAUUUUUUAGCCAAUUUGAUGACGUCACUACCAUACAAUUUCCGGGUCAGCCUUCACAAAUUCUCAUACAAUUUAUUAAUACGGUAUUCAUUUAAAAAAAAAAACUAUUUACAAAGGCAACUGGAAUUCUCUUUAGGGUGACAAUGAAAGGACCUUACCGCUUCAAAUUAUCAAAAUACUGACGUGAUGUCCAGCUUUUUAAAAACUUUUUUUUUAAUGCAAUGAUGACUAUUUGAUAUUCUUCAUAUUUUGUCUGCUUCAUUACAAGAAAGAACAACUUUUUUUUCCCACCUCCAUUUGAAUAUGUGGACCUUAUCAGCACUACUGUCUGAUUCCUAUCAAUGCAAGUCAUCAGAAUCAGGAAGGAGACGUCGGACUGGAUCCGCGCCAUUUUGUCCAUUCUGCCAAAGUUUUGGCCAGCUCGGCCCUCCUCUGCUUCAGGUGCGCCUCCACGCCCCGCGCCUGUCGAAGCGCUCGCCUCUGCUCUGCUUCCAGCUGCUCGGUGGUCUUCUUCCUGACCUCCACCACCGCCUCCUGCAGCCUGACGAACUGCUGCUCCACCUCACAUAGCACCUCUUGCACCGCCGCCUGAAGACAACAGCAUGACCUCAAUAUGAGCACGGGCCUCCCCCAAGGACGCGGUGGCGUGACCCGCGUGCCCCUGACCUUGGCAGUCGGAGCACAGGCAGCAGCCGUGGGUCAGACAGUAGCGCUCCAGCGGAAGGUGAUGGCGCUCACACGUGUCGCCGUCCACGCGAUGGCGCGGCUCCACUAGACGAUGGCUCUGGAAUCUGAGGUUCACCAGGGAGCAACCAUGUGUUUGAACAGCGGGUAUCCGUGCAACUGCCUGGCAGACGGCGGCCCUUGCGAGCCCUGCAGAAUAACCAAAGAUGCCGGGGACGCGGAGGGACACCAGCCCUUGCCCGGCGCCAUCAGUUCAGAGUCCCUGAGCGAGUUUGAGCACCCAGAGAAGACGUCCAGCCCUCCCUCCAAAGAACGGGACAGAAACUGGGGAUGGAUCCUCUCCGGGGUCAUUUUCAUCAACAUCCUGAUGCUCGGGAUCGCGCUGGUCAGCGGCAGCGCCUACAGCCACGUGGACAUCAGCAUGUCUGAGCUACAGGUUUUCCUGGUAGUCAUCAUCAUCCUCACCUGCAUCUGGAUGGUUUACUACAUCAUCUUCACGGCUAGGAUCGAAAACGCCGUGGCUUACAGGGACGGACAUGCCGGCCCCGUCUGGCUUAGGGGAGGAAUGGUGUUGUUCGGACUGCUCAGUAUCAUCAUGGACAUUUUCAAGAUCGCAAGCUACGUGGGCUACCUUCACUGCGAGUCGGCCAGCCAAGUCGUUUUCCCCGGAGUGCAACUUGUAUUCAUUGUCGUGCAGACUUAUUUCUUGUGGGUCCACGCCAAGGACUGUGUCCAGCUCCAAAGAAACCUUACACGCUGUGGUCUGAUGCUUUCCCUCUCCGUUAAUCUCGUCUUGUGGAUGGCUGCCGUCACGGACGAGUCCCUUCACCAAACGGCUCACCCGGAAGAACAUCAUGACAAUGACACGCACGACGCGGAGGACGAUCACGCCAACGAUACGCACAAACUCUUCGGACGCAGCCUGUACAUCAGCAAAGCCAGUUUCGGCGAGGACCAGUGCGAAUGCAGCCAUAGUUCGUGCAGCCUUUUCCAAGGCGCCUACUUCUACUUGUACCCGUUCAACAUCGAGUACAGUCUCUUCGCCUCGGCCAUGGCCUACGUCAUGUGGAAAAACGUCGGCCGACUCACGCACAACCCCCACAACCACAGUCACGCCCACAAAUUCCAUCUGAAGGACGCGUUGGUCGGCCCCUUGGUGGGAGUCCUUCUGGUCUUCGUGGGUUUGGCAACUUUCAUCGUGUAUGAGAUGGACAUGAAGAAGGCUGACAAUGACGAGAAGCGGGAUCACGCCCUCAUGAUCCACUUCGUCACCAAUAUAGUCAUUAUAUCCCUCAUGCUGGUGGCGACCGUGGUUGGCGCAACCGUCUACAAGCUGGACCGCAGGGAACACGAUUCUGAAAAGAACCCCACACGCAGCCUGGAUGUAGGCCUCCUGGUGGGAGCCUCCAUGGGCCAGUUCAUCAUUAGCUACUUCACCAUAGUCGCCAUGGUGGCGCUCGGAGCCCCGGGCCUCCUGAACAGACUGAACCUGACCUGGGCUAUCCUGAUGGUGCUCCAGAUCGGCCUGCAGAACUUCUUCAUCGUGGAGGGUCUUCACAGGGAGCCUUUCCACGAGGAAGAGCACCACGAGCCCAUCCAUGUGGUGGCGAACCACCACAUUAUGGGGCUCCCUGGCAAAGAUCUGAGUGGCCUGGAAGGAUCGGAGAUAAGCUUCAAGGCCAGCCCGGGGCCGGGAGUGAGCCCAUUUGGCCACAUUCCACACUACCGACACAAGCUGUCGUGGAAGAGGCGAGUGCUGAAGGAGGUUUCCGUCUUCCUGCUGCUGGCCAACAUCAUUCUGUGGAUCAUGCCAGCAUUCGGUGCUCGCCCUCAGUUUGACCACCCCGCCGAGGCUGAUUUUUACGAUUUCAACAUGUGGGCCGCCAUUGUGAACGUCGGCCUUCCAUUCGCCAUCUUUUACCGCAUGCACUCCGUGGCCAGCCUUUUAGAAGUGUUUGUCAACUCUUAAGAGGACAACAAUUCCUUUAAUUUAUGAAAUCUUUUUUUAAAUAGAUUAUUCUAUUCAGGGUCACAGGUAAGCUGGAGCCUAUCCCAGCUGAUUUGGACAAAAACCAUGGACUGAUAUCACAAGGCUGACAUAAGUUGAUAAACCAUCACACUCACUGGACCAUUUUUUAGUGUUCAGUUGUGAUAUCAUAAGUGAAGUAAGUGGGGAAAAGCCCACUCAAGUGCUACAAAACAUGCAAACACCAUUCUGUGCUGUGUAAGGCAGACACACAAUUGUACUGCCCCACCCAAUUGUUUCUGUCGUAUUAACGUGAAAUGUGAAUGCAUUGAUAUUUUCCAAAAACUAAAAUGUCUUGUAAAGUUGUGACUGAUGUUAUUCUUCAAUGUUUGUUUUUUAAGGAAGUAAUAUGCUGAUUCUUAUACCUUGUAAAUGUUUUUUUUUAUCAUUUUCAGAUGCUGAUGAAGAUAGAUACAUUUAGUUUGCACUGUUUAUAAUUUUCAGCUCGUGUAUGUACAGA